CGUGUUUUGUCGGGCUCUUUUAAAUGUAACACACUCAGGAAGUGAACUUUUUUUCGAAGGGACUCGGCUGAUUUGUGCCAAAUGUGUUUGCCGUUCAGAUUAUGCAUAACAAAGAUGUGUGCGUGUAAACAGCACCACACCUUCAGAUGAGGACGCUGAUCUUCGUCUCUUGGCUGCUGUUUUAUGUGUCUUUUUUACUGGGGAUGAGAAGGAUGUGGACCGGACAGUACGUUCGCAGUCCGCUGGCUCGAGCUCUGAUCAUGAACAUGGUGACUGAGACGGACUCACCUGGACACGAAGCCCAGAAGUGGUACCACUGCUGUCCGGACAUGCUCGGAGAAGAGGUGCGUGCUCAGUUCGUUCAGAGUCACCUGGAUGAGGAGACGCAGGCUUUCCUCCGCCAAAGCGUGGAGAAAUCCGGCUGGCUCUUCAUGCAGCUCUACCACUCGCUCUUCUCCACCAUCUUCAGCCCCGUCGUGUCUCGAACCUCCAUCAACGGCUUUCUGGGCCGCGGCUCCAUGUUUGUGUUCUCGAAGGACCAGUUUCAGCGUCUUCUCCGGAUCGAGCCGGAAUGGAAAGGGCAGAGGAUGCUGGAUCUGGGAGCCGGUGACGGAGGCGUGACAGAAGUGAUGGGCCAUCACUUUCACGAGGUGUUUGCCACAGAAGUCUCCACACCAAUGAAGUGGCAUCUCCAGAGAAAGAAUUACAGCUUGCUGGGAAUCGAUGAGUGGCACCAAACGGGCUUCCAGUACGAUCUGAUCAGCUGCCUGAACCUGCUGGACCGCUGCGACGAGCCGCUGCAGCUGCUGCAGGACAUCAGGAGAUCGCUGCUGCCGCACACGGGACGCCUCGUCUUAGCGGCUGUGCUGCCCUUUCAGCCGUAUGUAGAGCUGGGCGGGACCUGGGUGCGACCCAAGGAACACAUCAAGGUGGAGGGCAAGACGUGGGAGGAGCAGGUGACGCACAUGAGCACAGACGUGUUCCUGAAGGUGGGGUUCGAGGUGGAGGCCGUCACUCGCCUGCCGUAUCUGUGUGAAGGAGACAUGUACAAGGACUACUACGUGCUAGAUGACGCCGUCUUCGUGCUGAAACCUCAGGAAUGAAAGGGCUCAGUUUAAGAUGAACGAUGUUUCUUGUCUGUUACUUCUCAGGAAAAUGAAAUCUUUGAGAAACAAAUGAUUAUAUCUUAUUGCAACUAACGAACAGUACUGUAAUUGUACUACAGGUGUAGUACAGCUGGAGUGAGGCGUUCCCUGUAGGGGAAACAUUAAUAAAAUAUCAUAUCUAAUAGAACAUAUUAGCUUUGUCAAUAGAGAGGUAGCUAUUAAACUCAAUCUCCUUCUGUGCCUCCCAUUAUGUUUUCUGCAUUUGUAGUGAUGUAGGAGUUGUCAGAAACAUCUUAGGACCAAUGUAAGACCAUUGUUUUCUAAAUGAGUAAAUAAAAUGAUGUUUAUUGUUGAGUGCACAACACGUGUCUCAACAUACUUGUAUGUAGGUAACAGUUAAUUACAGAAUGUGAUGUUCUGUUUGUAGACCUUUUUAAUUUUGUAAAUCAAGUAUUCUCUGGUACGGAUUAUGUUUACUGUGCAAUAAAUCUAUGUUUGUUCUCAGUA